AUGCAUAAGGAUACCACAUAUCCUUUAGCCAUACGCAAUAUGCCUGAGAUGGUUUCUAAGAAAGGCAACAAAACUCUCUCUUCACCAAAGCCUCACAAUUGUUCAUUUUUCCUAGCAUACAUGACUAGUUCUAACAAGAGGCUUGAGGUUCAAACAGAAGAUCAAACUCCACAUAAAUGGUGUGUUUCACUGGGAGAAGAGCCUUUCAAAAGAUUCUUCAGCCAGACUAAUCCAGCAGUGCAUAAGGUUUUUGGUGAUGGAUCACUUUUCAGUCCACUGUUAUUUGGGAAGUUCUUUGAUCCUUCUGAUGCCUUCCCUCUAUGGGAGUUUGAGUCAGAUGUAUUGUUAUCUCAUUUAAGGAGCUCCACCCAAAGCACUGUGCAUUGGUGUCAGACAGGUGAAGGCUAUAUAUUAAAAGCAGAAAUUCCAGGAACUGGGAAAAAUAACAUUCAAGUCCUUGUUGAUAAAGGGAAGGUUGUGGAAAUUAGUGGACCGUGGAAGCAGCAAAGAGACUCAAAGGCACAUGACUGGAGGUGUGGCCCUUGGUGGGAACAUGGAUAUGUGCGCAGGCUUGAGAUGCCAGAGGAUGCAGAUUGGAAGAAUAUAGAAGCAUACAUACAUAAUGACAUAUACUUAGAAAUACGAAUUCCAAAGAGCCAACAGGGUCGUGAUCUUCCUCAGGGAAAGGAUGUGGCUUAA